AUGACUAGUACGAUUCCAAAGAUUAGAGAUGCUCUUCAUGCGACAUUCCGUAGCGGAUUGACGCGUCCUUUACCGUGGCGUCAGCACCAGCUAUACCAGCUUGCACGCAUGGCGCAGAAUGAACGGGAGCUCAUUUACGAUGCCCUACAAAUAGACCUCGGAAAGCCGAAAACAGAGGUCUUGGUGAACGAAGUGGGCAGCAUCAUCGCAAGAGCUGUGAAGAGUGCAAAACAACUCCCAGAGUGGGCCAAGACUGAAUAUCCUGACGUGGCUGAUCGGCAGAAGUUAUGGAAGCCAGCGAUCUACAAGGCUCCGAAGGGCAAUGUGUUGAUAAUCUCACCGUGGAACUACCCUAUGGUCCUCAGUUUCCAACCUCUCAUUGGAGCAAUUGCAGCAGGCUGCACCGCCGUACUAAAACCCUCUGAGCUUCUCCCCACCUUCUCACAGCUCUUGGAGGAAAUUGUGCCAAAGUACCUCGACCCAAAUGCGUACCGUGUUGUCAAUGGUGCUGUGCCUGAAACUACAGAGCUUCUCGAGCUUCAAUGGGACCAUAUUUUCUACACGGGGAAUGGCAAGGUCGCCAGGAUCGUCGCCAGCGCUGCCGCUAAGCACCUGUCACCACUGACACUGGAAUUAGGUGGAAAGAGUCCUGUCAUUAUCGACUCGGCAUACGAUAUCGAUCUUGCCGCCAAGAGGAUCUUGUGGGGCAAGUGCAACAAUGCAGGACAGAUCUGUGUGGCACCUGACUAUGUCCUCAUACAGCGGGACAAGCAGGACGAGCUGGUCAAGGCAUUCCAAAAGCAUUAUAACGCAUUCUUCCCCAAGGGUGCGCUGGAUUCGCCAUCGUUCGGAAGUAUCGUGUCAGAUUCGCACUAUAAACGCCUCAUUUCACUUCUUUCCCGCACAAAGGGUGAAGUCGUUCUUCGGGGUCGCGCUGAUGCCGCAAGGAGGAGACUUGAGCCCACCAUUGUUAAGGAUGUCGUAGAUGGCGACUCCUUGCUCGAAGAAGAAAUCUUUGGUCCGAUAUUACCUAUCGUGCCCGUAGAUUCUCUCCAACAGGCAAUCAACUUUGUUAAUGCACGAUCUCAUCCGCUAGUUCUGUACACUUUUAGUGACAACGAGAGCCUGAAGCAACAGCUUGUCUCGGAAACACAGAGCGGUGGUAUUGUUUUCAAUGACACCUUCCAACAGCUCGCCGUGAGCGAACUACCAUUUGCAGGGGUGGGCGAGUCGGGCUAUGGAUACCAGUUUAUGAAACAUACGUAUGAUACGUUCACGCAGCUUCGUAGUUCUAUUGAUAUGCCGAAGGAGGCUGAGGCACAACUAGCGAUGAGGUAUCUGCCUCAUUCGGAGGAGGCGGUGAAAGCGCUCACUGCUGCGGUGUAUACGCCUAUUCCACCAAAUCGCCUAUGA